AAUUGAGUGGUUUAACUGCGCAUGCAUAUAGUUAUUAGACUUUUUUUUGCGGCUAGAUUUUACGCUUCAUUUGAAAUCAUUUUAGUAAAUCUAGUCUUUUAAUAAACUGGAGUGCAGCUCCAGUUGAACGUGCGUAAAGCGCCUUCGUCAGCGUUACGCACGGACCGAAGGCGCGCUGUCAUUGGCUGAGAUUCCAGGGCUGCUGGCCGUUUAAGCACGCUCCCAUCUGCUCCUCACUCCAUCCUGACAUCCAGAGGUUACACCAACCCGUUCCACAUCAACGAAAAAUGCGCUUGAGAACAACCUGGUGAGGCUAGGUGAAGGUGAGACUCACCGUGCGGGCGGCACAGACUCACCGGAGCGGCUGCGGGGCUUUCCAGCGCCUCCGUGGAGGUGGAUGGUCGGACGGGACAGCGGAGCAUCGACCGAGGCGCGUCCGGUGCGUGGAUUCUUUAAUUGGACGGUAAACAGGCCCGCUGUGCCCCGUCCCCGGUGUAUCCUCCCGUCGCAGAGAUGCUGCCCUGUCUGCGGGGCGUCCUACGGCCCGCCUUCUCCCUGACAGCCGGGAACGGGCUGGCCAGAGCCGGACUCAGAAGCCACAGAGGAGCCGCUGCGGCGCCCAAGCCGCAGCUCUUCAUGCUGCUCCCGCGGUGUGACCUGGGCACGCACCCGCUCAAGGAGCCCGUGGAGCCCCUCAACUCCCCCCGCGGAGCCAAGGAGUUCAUCUACAGCCUUCACCCGUCGGAGCGCACCUGUCUGCUGCGAGAGCUGCACAGGUUCGAGUCCAUAGCCAUCGCACAAGGGCAGCUGGAAGUUGCACCACCCACUGCAGCCCAGUUAAGAUACGUUUUGCUGCAUAAUGCACUUCCCUUUGUUGGAUUUGGAUUCCUGGACAACUGCAUCAUGAUUGUUGCUGGCACACAGAUCGAGUUAUCCAUCGGUGUCAUUCUGGGCAUCUCAACUAUGGCAGCUGCUGCACUGGGGAACCUGGUGUCUGACCUGGCAGGACUGGGCCUUGCAGGCUACGUGGAAGCUUUGGCGUCCCGGUUGGGGAUGCAGAUUCCUGACCUGAGUCCAAAGCAGGCGGACAUGUGGCAGACCCGAGUCAGCUGUCACACGGGUAAAGCCAUCGGCGUGGGCAUCGGCUGCAUCCUCGGCAUGUUUCCUCUCCUCUUCUUCAAGGAUGACGACAAGAAAGAAGGCCAGACAGAAGCGAAGGACCAAACCGUGACUCCGCCUGCUCCGACGGAGAGCAGCAAAAACUGAAGCAUCACUGGACUUUUCCAGGACCUUUCUUUGCCGAGCGGAGUGCGUGGAAACUCGUUUGGCUUUUAACAGUAAUCAGUUUAACCAUCCAAGAUAUUGUGGGGGAAGAUUUUAGAAGAUAUUUGAAAAAGCACAGGAAUCUGGUCAUCUCUUAAAGAGACGGGUUGGGACUGCUUCCAUCUGCUUCAUCACGGUUUAAAGCCAGGCUCCAUCAUCAGCAGCAGAGGCUCCACCUUAAAACCUUUACAAGUAUAAAAGAUUAGCUAAAAAAUGUGUUAAUUCAAAGUUAAAUCAUUUCUGUCUACAAUAUUACUCCACAUAGAGGAGGCCUGAACAAAACACUAAACAAUUAGUCUGAUUCUGUGUUAAAAUGAAUGCUUUGUUCCGUUUCCUGUUUGGUUCUCAAGGUUCUGCAAACUCAUUUUGUGAAGCAUGCAGCUGAGAUAACAGCGAUAAAUGUUCUUUUUAAAUAGUGAGAAUGAGAGCAGACUGGGAAACAUUCACAAACAUUUCAGGAGAAACUGUUAAAGGUCUGCACUUCUGGAGUGCAUCAAACCACCGAUCUCACAGCAGGGAAACGACUGGUCUACCUCUGAGCCAAAGCUACCCACAGAGGAGAAGAAAUGCAUGAUGGAGGAGGCAAAAGAUGGCAAAACAACCCCAACAUCCUCUAAUUUUUAUCUAUAAAUCACAUGUUGGAGUUUCAUCUGAGGAGAAGCUAUUUAAUGCACACAUUCUUCCAAAUCUUCCAUUAUGAUGCUGCUUCUACUGCCCUCUGCUGGUUGAUAGACACACGGCGCUUGAGAUGCAAUUUUGUUCUUUUUUUGUAGAUUUAUUUAUUUUUGUCUGAAUGUUAACAUUAUUUUGUGUUUUGUUUGACCUAAAAUGUUAAGAUGACAGAUGAUCAGCACAAAGUGGAUCUACAUGAGAGUUACUUCCAGCUGCUCUCUCAAACAGGAGGGACCCGUGACUGCUGUUACUGAAACCUGACUCUAAAGGGACACUUUCUUUGGGAUUGAUCAGGAUUUUAGUUUUUUUAGGGCAACUGACUCUAAAGAAUGAUGAGAAGUGAAGACGAUGUACAAAGAAAUUAACAUAUUUAUGUAUUUGGAUUUUUUUGUUGUCUGAUUGCUUGAUUUUACACAUUUGCAUGCAUCUAUAUUAAUAUUACAAAAAUAAAAUUAAGAAAAAUGCAACAUUUUUAAGUGCAGAAUGACUGAUUUUAAACAAACAAAAAAGUAAAAAA